ACAAACGCCACCAAACCCUUCACUCCCACGGCCGAACUCCACGACUUGGGUGCCACACGCUUCGACCGCGACACCGCCGCCCCCUCAGACCGCGACACAGCCCUGCUCAACCGCCACAUCGCAGUCCCCGUAAUCACUCCGCAAGGCCGCGCGCCGCCCGGGCUAGAAGCCAAAGUGCACGCAUGGACUACGUUUCAGUUUACAACAGAGGAUGUGGAUCGCGUGGAGGAGUUGAAGGGGGAUUUGCAUGGCGGGAUGUUGCAUCGAGUCAACAGAGCUGCGAGGGGAGAGGUAGGUGGAGGGGUUUUCAUGGGCAAUCGGGGAAAAGGAAGCAACAAGGGGACGGCUCAGGAGAAUAAACUUUGUGGGGGAAGAAAGGGAGAUGGGGAUGCGGCGCCGAUGGCGAAGGGUAUGGCGGAGGAGAUGGGGAAGGAUAUGUUUUGGAGUGGACCGAUU